GGCAGCGGUUGGGAGCCAGAGCCGGCCGCCGUUGUCCCCGACGCUGCGGUGCCGCUGUCUGCUGUGCCGCCUUCGCCCUCCCCGCGCGCCUGCCGCCUGUGGGACUCCGGAGGGGUUCCCGGCGCCCCUCGAAGGGGCAGCGCAGUCCGGACUGGAAGAGUCGGCGCUGAGGGCGGAGCCAGGUCCAACCCGCUGAGCCCGAGGCCCCUUUCCCGCGUGUGGAAGUGGGGGGCUAAGGCCCCCCUCCUCAGAGGGGGGCCCCGCCGCCAUGGGCAACCUGGAGAGUGCCGAGGGGGGCCCGGGAGAGCCGCCCUCCGUCCCGCUGCUGCUGCCGCCCGGCAAGAUGCCGAUGCCAGAGCCCUGUGAGCUGGAGGAGAGGUUUGCCCUGGUGCUGAGCUCUAUGAACCUGCCUCCUGACAAGGCCCGGCUCCUGCGGCAGUAUGACAAUGAGAAGAAGUGGGAUCUGAUCUGUGAUCAGGAACGGUUCCAGGUGAAGAAUCCUCCCCACACUUAUAUCCAGAAACUCCAGAGCUUCUUGGACCCCAGUGUAACUCGGAAGAAGUUCAGGAGGAGAGUACAGGAGUCAACCAAAGUUCUGCGGGAGCUAGAGAUCUCUCUUCGCACCAAUCACAUUGGGUGGGUUCGGGAGUUUCUUAAUGAUGAAAACAAAGGCUUGGAUGUGCUGGUGGAUUAUCUGUCCUUUGCUCAGUGUUCUGUCAUGUUUGACUUUGAGGGUCUGGAGAGUGGUGAUGAUGGUGCAUUUGAUAAACUCCGGUCCUGGAGCAGGUCAAUCGAGGACCUGCAGCCGCCCAGCAUCCUGUCGGCCCCCUUCACCAACAGCCUCGCUCGCUCUGCGCGCCAGUCUGUGCUCCGAUACAGCACUCUUCCUGGCCGCAGGGCCCUGAAGAACUCCCGCCUAGUGAGCCAAAAGGAUGAUGUUCACGUCUGUAUCCUUUGUCUCAGAGCCAUCAUGAACUAUCAGUAUGGCUUCAAUUUGGUCAUGUCCCAUCCCCACGCUGUCAAUGAAAUUGCGCUCAGCCUCAACAACAAGAAUCCAAGGACCAAAGCUCUGGUCUUGGAACUCCUGGCAGCUGUGUGUUUGGUGCGAGGAGGUCAUGAAAUUAUUCUUGCUGCUUUUGACAAUUUCAAAGAGGUGUGCAAGGAGCUGCAUCGAUUUGAGAAGCUAAUGGAAUACUUCCGGAAUGAAGACAGCAACAUUGACUUCAUGGUGGCCUGCAUGCAGUUCAUCAACAUUGUGGUGCACUCAGUGGAAGACAUGAACUUCCGGGUCCACUUGCAGUAUGAGUUUACCAAGCUGGGGCUAGAGGAGUUCCUGCAGAAGUCAAGGCACACGGAGAGUGAGAAGCUGCAGGUGCAGAUUCAGGCAUAUCUGGACAACGUGUUUGAUGUUGGGGGAUUGUUAGAAGAUGCUGAAACUAAGAAUGUAGCCCUGGAGAAGGUGGAAGAGCUGGAGGAGCACGUGUCUCAUCUCACAGAAAAGCUUUUGGACCUGGAGAAUGAGAACAUGAUGCGGGUGGCUGAAUUGGAGAAGCAGCUGCUGCAGCGAGAGAAAGAACUGGAGAGCAUCAAGGAGACAUACGAGAACACAAACCACCAGGUGCAUACCCUUCGGAGGCUCAUUAAGGAGAAGGAGGAGGCCUUCCAACGCCGAUGCCACUUGGAGCCAAGUGCCCGGGGCUUGGAGUCUGUGGGUGGAGAGGUCCUGGCCAGGAUAGGCCCUGCAGAGCUGAGUGAAGGCAUACCACCCUCUGACCUGGACCUGCUGGCUUCAGCCCCACUGGCUGAGGAAGCCCUUCCUCUGCCCCCUCCACCAGCUCCACCUUUGCCUCCACCCCCUCCUCCAUUACCAGACAAGUGUCCCCCAGCCCCACCUCUCCCUGGUGCUGCUCCCUCAGUAGUACUGACGGUGGGCCUGUCAGCCAUUCGCAUUAAGAAACCUAUCAAGACCAAGUUCCGGCUACCAGUCUUCAACUGGACAGCACUGAAACCCAAUCAGAUCAGUGGCACUGUCUUCAGUGAACUUGAUGAUGAGAAGAUCUUGGAGGACCUAGACCUGGACAAGUUUGAAGAUUUGUUUAAGACGAAAGCCCAGGGCCCUGCUCUUGACCUCAUCUGCUCCAAAAAUAAGACAGCACAAAAGGCUGCCAGCAAGGUGACCCUCUUAGAAGCCAACCGUGCCAAGAACCUGGCCAUCACCCUACGCAAAGCUGGCCGCUCAGCUGAGGAGAUCUGCAGGGCCAUCCACACGUUUGACCUGCAGACACUACCAGUGGACUUUGUUGAGUGCCUGAUGCGCUUCCUGCCCACAGAGGCUGAGGUGAAGCUGCUUCGACAAUAUGAGCGUGAGCGGCAGCCUCUGGAAGAGCUUGCAGCAGAGGACCGCUUCAUGCUGCUCUUCAGCAAGGUGGAGCGGCUCACCCAGCGAAUGGCCGGCAUGGCCUUCUUGGGCAACUUUCAGGACAACCUGCAAAUGCUCACACCGCAACUGAAUGCCAUCAUCGCAGCCUCAGCUUCAGUCAAGUCCUCACAGAAACUGAAGCAGAUGCUGGAGAUCAUACUUGCACUGGGGAACUACAUGAACAGCAGCAAGCGAGGAGCUGUGUAUGGCUUCAAGCUCCAAAGUCUAGAUCUGCUCCUGGACACAAAGUCCACUGACCGGAAGAUGACACUUCUCCAUUUCAUCGCCUUGACAGUGAAGGAGAAAUACCCAGACCUAGCUAACUUCUGGCAUGAGCUACACUUUGUGGAGAAGGCUGCAGCAGUGUCCCUGGAGAACGUGCUGCUAGACGUGAAGGAGUUGGGCCGGGGUAUGGAGCUAAUUCGGCGGGAGUGCAGCCUUCAUGACAACAGUGUCCUUCGGAGCUUCCUCAAUACCAAUGAAGGCAAACUGGACAAGCUCCAGCGUGAUGCCAAGACAGCUGAGGAGGCCUACAAUGCAGUUGUGCGCUACUUUGGUGAGAGUCCCAAGACCACACCUCCUUCUGUCUUUUUCCCAGUAUUUGUCAGAUUCAUUCGUUCUUACAAGGAAGCAGAACAAGAGAAUGAUGCCCGGAAGAAGCAGGAGGAGGUAAUGAGGGAGAAGCAGCUGGCUCAGGAAGCCAAGAAGCUGGAUGCCAAGACUCCAUCCCAGAGGAACAAGUGGCAACAACAGGAGCUAAUUGCAGAGUUGAGGCGGCGCCAGGCUAAGGAGCACCGGCCUGUUUAUGAGGGAAAGGACGGUACCAUUGAGGACAUCAUUACAGGCCUCCGCCACCAGCCUGUUGUUCGCCACCAAGCCAGGAGUGCUGCACCAUUCAGUGUACACCCUCGGGCCCCAGGCCCCCACUGAGAGACCCGACCCUCUUGGAAGCAGAAGCACUUCAACUCUUGAGUUCUCCAAGUCUAGACAAGGAAUCUGACCUGAAGCAAUGGGCCUGGCAAAAGGCUGUGCUGUGCCAUUAUACACACUUGGUCUCUGGGGUCCUGGCACUUCCUUAGUGCCUCCCAUGCUGCACUUUGCCCCAUAGUCCUCAUUUCCUGGAGGGUCAGUUCUGAGCUGGGAAAAAACCACUUCCAGCAUAGUCCCCCAAGCUCCUCUCCCACUAGAGUUCCAUGGGAUAAGAGAAAUGUGUCCCCCCCCCCCCCCCCUUCUUUUCCCCUUUUCUUUGGCCUAGAAGUUCCAGGCUGAGGGAGUUCUGGGGACUCUGCCAGUCUCAGAUAUCUCUUACCAAAAGCAAGGCUAUGCUAUGCCUGGGCCCUGCCACACACACUCUGCUAUCCUCUUGAGAGAAGGGUAGAGGAGCUAUGUCAGGCCCAAUGCCCUUCCCCUUGGCCCUUCCAGGCUAGGCAAACACUGUCCUUGUGAGGUAGCUGAAGAGUAGAGGUGCUCUCCUGCACUACAGCAAGGGUGUGCCAACAGCCCAUGUCCUGUCUUCAGCUAGGUGGUUUUUGGCAGGGGAUAGCACAUGGAGCAUCUUUACAGACUAUUUUACUCAGUUCCCUAUCAGCUUCUUCUGAGCCCUUGGAAGGGAAUGCGGGGCCAUCUCUUUUUGUACAUGUACCAAUCCCUUCUCUCUUGUACAUAAACCCCAGACCUUCCUUCUCAACAAAGGCUUGAAGCUCCA